AUGCGUGCUUUAUCCAUAUACACAAAGGAAUUCAUGUUCAAAAUUAAGGAUGUUGUUAUGAAAAACCAGACUGCCAUGUUUGGCGUGCCAGUGUCUAGUCAAGCGCUCAAAUACUGCAAACGCGGAAAUCGAAUUCGUGCAGGUUGGCAAAUUGCCCUUGGUCGAACUACUCCUAACAAGGUUACUGUACCUACUUUUGUGAGUAACACUGUCCGUUCUGUGUUUGGGAAGUUUCCGGACGCAUCCUACAUGCUCCAGCGAGAGGAAUUUCGCACCUCUUGUGAUCUGCGUCUUCAAGCGUCAUGGCUCAAUGAGGAUGUGGACGAUUCCGUGGUCCAACUGGAAAAUUUCGUCUGCUUCAAACAGAAUAGACAACGGCAUAGGAAGAAGUAG